AUCCAUUCCAGCUCUGUUAUUCAGUUAGUGAGAGUGGAGGCAGAAAAUCAAACUAUUGAGAGCGGUCGAGAGGUGUGUUCGAACUUAUAUUCCAAAAGUAAAAAAAAAGGAGAAUGAGUUGGUUGGGAUUCGAAAUGCCUCUAAUUACUACUUCAAGCUUUCUGUGUCUGUUCCUAGUAAUUCUUUUAGCUCUCAUAAAAAACUUUCAGAAACAAUGGUGGACUCCAAACCGCAUACAGAAUCGGAUGGCUGCCCAGGGAGUCCAUGGCCCUUCUUACCAAUUUAUCCAUGGAAACACCAAAGAAAUAUUGAGCAUGAAAAGGGAAACAAUGAGCAAGCCUAGAAGUUUAACCCAUGACGUAUUCUCUGCAGUACAACCUCAUAUUCAUGCAUGGAGCAAGAUCUUUGGGAAGAAUUUUCUUCAGUGGUAUGGUGUUCAACCACAGAUGAUCAUCGCGGAACCCGAGUUGUGCAAAGAGGUACUAAACAACAAAGAUAGAAACUAUCGGAAACAAAGGUCCCAAGGCUAUGUCAAGAAGCUAUUAGGAGACAGUAUUUCGAUGGCAGAAGGUGAAAAGUGGGUGAAACUAAGAAAGCUGGCGCAUCAUGCCUUCCAUGGAGAGAGCUUAAAAAAUAUGAUUCCUGAAAUGAUAAGGAGUUCUGAGACAAUGGUACAAAGGUGGAAAACUUAUGAAGGCAAGGAGAUUGAGGUGAAUGAAGAAUUUAGGUUUUUCACCUCAGAAGUGAUUUCUAGGACAGCAUUUGGCAGCAGCUUCUUAGAAGGAAAGGACAUUUUUGAAAUGUUGAGGGAGUUAACCUCCUUAAUAUUCAGAAAUACUUUCAAACUCAGGCUCCCUGGCAUCAGUAUGUUCUAUAAAACCAGUGAUGAGAUAAAAUCAGAGAAGCUCGAGAAAGGAAUACGCGACAUCAUAACAGAGAUUGUUCGGAAAAGAGAAAAGACAGCAAUGACUGGAGAAGCGGACGGUUUUGGAAGUGAUUAUCUUGGAAUACUUUUAAAGGCUCAUCAUGAUGCCAACGAGAAGCAGCGGAUUUCAGUGGACGAUUUAGUCGACGAGUGCAAGACGUUUUACUUUGCAGGACAAGAAACCACUAACUCUUUGCUUGCUUGGACCGUCUUUCUUCUGGCUCUUCAUACAGAUUGGCAAGAGGAAGCUAGAAAGGAGGUGCUAGAAUUGUUUGGUAAAGAUGAAACUCCAAACUCAGAUGGCCUCAACAAACUAAAAACGAUGGGUAUGAUCAUCAAUGAGUCUCUAAGGUUAUAUCCUCCAGUUGUGUCCCUUACUAGGGAAUCUCUAAAGGAAGUUAGACUAGGACAGGUCGUUGUUCCCGCUAAUGUUGAGUUGCACGUCACAAAUCUGGCACUUCACCAUGAACCUAAAUAUUGGGGAAAAGACGUGCAACUUUUCAAACCGGAGAGAUUCUCAGAAGGAGUUGCGAAAGCUACUAACAACAACGCAGUUGCAUUCAUGCCCUUUGGAAUGGGACCUCGAACUUGUGUGGGCAUGAACUUCGCAGUCAUUGAAGCAAAGAUUGCUUUGUCGAUGAUUCUGCAACGCUACAGUUUCACUCUUUCCCCGGGUUAUGUGCACUGUCCCAUUCAGUUUCUGACAGUUCGCCCGCAACAUGGAGUUCAAGUGAUCCUACACCCAGUGUGAAUGAGCUCUGAAGACCAGAACUGCAAAUAAAUCCAGCACUUGUUGUAAUGUGCUAAAAUUCUUCCUCUAGUUGUGGAUAGGACUCAACAUAUAGUGCUUUCUUUUUCAGUUAUUCUUGUGUGAUGAUUACAGUUCUUGCUACUAAUAACAAUUUUAAUUUGUUUUCAAA